CGCCCACGCAAUCUCUGACGUUUAUUAUUUGGCGCGGGUUUGACGUCAGCGCGUCAGUGUUUUGUUUUUCUCAGUCUCUCAGGCGCCAAAUUCGUAUUUUGGACUCGUCAGGGAGCGAUAAGGACAGAACUGCGUUCAUAGCUAAAAAAAUAGCUAACUUCAGCGACCUGGUAAUUGUUGCACCGUGUUGUGUAUUUAUUGUGUCGCUGUUGCAGUAUUUUUAUAUAGACUUUCAAAAUUCAGUGAUCGAUUUGCUUGCACUAGAUCGCACUGCAGUUGUGGUUUGCUUUGUUUUCAGUGGUAUUUGAUGCGUUUCGCGGGUUCAGCAGUACCGAAAACAAUAGACACGUGUUUAUCAGUAAGGUGUCAGUCAAACACGUCAAAUACAUACGAUACCAGAACUUUCUGUCAGUUCGGUGCUGACGUGAACACAAUUUAAAAUGUCUGAACUAGCGGGGUACUCGCCCAGCUUCAAGAGGCCGGCGGAGAUUAUGCGACUGAGACGGAAGAGAGCCCGAAGUGAAGCGGGUUUGGCCUCUGGCCGAAGCAACUCUGAAUCGAGCCCCGGAGGAGGGCUGUCUGGGGUCCGGCGCUUCUCCCCCGGACCUCUGCGUGGCUCCGAGUCCCGGGCCGGUGGGGUGAAGCGCAGGAACCCCUUCGCAAACAUCGAGAACACGUACAGCAGCCCCAGAAAGAGGACCACCCCGGAGUGCGUCAGCGAGGCAGUGCCCGAGAGGGGCAGCGUGGAGUCACAGGGUGAGAACGCCACGUUGCGGAUUCUCAGCCGGAAUCCAAACCGAACAAAACCGGAGGAGCUGGACCCGUUCACCGCACGCUUACUCGGAGCCGAGGCUCUCAGUAAAGACAUCAAAAAGGUCCAGGAAGCCUGCUCUCUCCCAGAGGACGAGUCCCUUUUCGAAGAGGAUUUGUUCUCCGAAGCGCAGACUGCGCCUUCCCUUAUAGCUAGCCCCCGAGUCCCAAUCCCAGCCCUGCAGGAGCUUCCCUCAGGCUGCACAGAGUUCCCGGCUGACUGGAGUCUGAAGACACGCCUGCUGUUCACCUCCCAGCUGCCCUUCACCUGGGCAGAGCACCUGAAGGCACAGGAGGAGGCUCAGGGGCUGAGCCAGCACUGCAGGGCAGCCGUCAGCACCCUGCCACACAGCAUACCGGAGCCUCGGAGCAGCUCGGAGCUUCGCUGUGCCUUCCAGCAGAGCUUGGUGUACUGGCAGCACCCCGCCCUGCCCUGGCUGCAGCUCUUCCCUCGCAUCGGCGCAGAGCGCAGGCUGGCCGGGAAGUGCGCGACCUGGGCUCAGGACGAGGCGCUGCAGCAGCUGCUCAUGAGCGAGUGGUCUGUGAGCUUCACCUCCCUAUACAACCUCCUGCGGUCCCGGCUCUGCCCCUAUUUCUACCUCUGCACCUACCAGUUCACUGUGCUGUUCAGAGCAGCAGGGCUGGCAGGAAGCGAGGGCAUCACCGCUCUGAUCUCCCCCACAACCCGGGGCCUCCGGGAAGCCAUGAAGAUGGAGGGUAUAGAGUUCACACUACCUCUGCUGGAAGAAAGGAAGCGCAGAAACCCGGGGGGGUCCGAGCCCUCCCUAGACGGAGAGCAGGAGAGUGAGGAUGGAGACGGCAAUCCGGCCCAAGUGAACAGUGAUGAAGAUGAUGAUGAGGACGACGGUGGAUUCUCUUGGCUGGAGGAGAUGGGGGUUCAGGAUAAGAUCAAGAAACCUGACACCAUUUCAAUCAAACUUUGUAAAGAGCACAGCGAGGUUCGUCUGGAUCACAAGCCUGAGUCGGUGGUGCUGGUGAAAGGGACCAACACCUUCACUCUGCUCAACUUCCUCAUCAACUGUAAGAGCGUGGUGGCAGCGGCCGGGGCACAGGCAGGGCUGCCCCCCACCCUGCUGGCUCCUGCUGCCUUCAGAGGAGCCACCAUGCAGACCCUCAAGGCGCGCAGUUCCAAUGUGAAGAUGCAGGUGCAGACUGGCUACAGGGACCAGUUCAGCUUGGAAAUCACAGGUCCGGUCAUGCCUCACUCCCUGCACAAUCUGACACUCCUCCUGAAAUCAGCCCAGCAAGGAGCCUUCUCCACGGGGCUGUACACUCACGAACCCACCGCUGUCUUCAACACAGACCCCCGCACCCAAGGAGAAUGCACGAAGGAGUCUGUGCUGCAGGAUCUGGGGGGCUGCGGGCUGCACCCUGAAACUCUGCAGAAGCUGGUGGAGCCGGCCGUACUGGGGAAGUCUGCUCUGAGACAGCUUGACAUGAACGAGUACAAGUACAGCUGGAAAUCCUGAGACACACACAACUCCUAUGCUGAAUACACACUGCCAAACGGUGCUCACCCAGAAGCAGCUCCUGCCAGACACACAAUCAACUGGCUUUCCCUUCUUAGCACUGCCUUUAUAAUGUGACAAACUGCUAUGCCAGACUGCCCGCCAAAGCGGUGGAAAGAGCUGCUUACAGCCAGUAUUCCCAAUGGAAUGGUAAAUCCAGCUGCCAGACAGACUAAUUAAAGCACAGGUUUACUGCUUAGCUGCUGUUCUCCCAGGCAGAUCAACUGCAAGCUGUAUUGUAGAUGUAUUGACUGCAGGUGUUUCCACAGGCAGGCUUACUGCUUGCCAGUAUGAAAUUGGACCUACCAGCAGAUAUUCUCCCAGACAGAACUACAUACUGCCGUAUACUGUAGCAUUCUCACUGACUGGACUGCUGCCUGCUAGUGUUGGCUGUCUUACCUGAGACCUGCCCAGUAAACCUGCUCUUCAAAGCACACCACCAUUUUUUUUACAUCCUGUGCACGCUGGUAUUAGAACCUGCCUCCUGGAAGCCCAGGGCACAUAUGAAUAGAGCAGGUGGUUAAUGUGAAUUGGAAUUGAAGAACAUGCCAGUCUUAAAAUGAACUUGGAAGGUCUUUGUUCUCCAAUCCAAUUUUUUAACUCACUUUUGUUUUCGUAUUUAUGAAAUUUGUAUUUGAUUUCACAUGCCCUGUUCAUCAUCUGGGUAUAUUUUAAUUAAACUAAAUACUUUCCCACUCCUCUGUGCUUCUGAAAUGCUUUGGUGAAGAAGUGCCUCUGGUAUGGAUGAUUCAGUCGAUCUGUGUGAUUGAACAGCCUCCUGGAGCUGCUGCUUGUUUUUCAUUUUAUUUAAACUCCCUUGUUGUGGGAUGCAAGCUAGAAUUCAGUUUUCUUUCAGUUACAGUAGUACUUCUUUAUAAAAUAAUGGGAGUGUUUUUAUUUUAGUCCCACUGCUGCUAAUGAUCGGUUUAUUAACAGAUCUGAUGUUCUGGUAACUUGCUGCAUAAUGGAGCUUUCACUUGAAAGAAUUAUACAUACAGCAAUGCUUAUGUAUUUAUAUACGUUCUCACUGAAAGGACUGUACAUGUAUAAUGUCAUUGUACACUGUACAGUGCUACUGCAUCAUUUUACUUUUGAUAAUUAAAAGGGCAUCUUCCUUUUUCCAUUAA